CGCAAAAAUUUCGCACAUAUCGGGGAGGAGAAGAAAAAGGCAGAAAGAGCGAAAAAAGUUGUAACUUAAAAAGGAUGAACUAAAACAGAAAAAUGGAUUAAUUACGUUCUAACAAGUCGUAUCAAAAACAUUCGCAAUACAUGACAUUUCAAUAAUACAAAUCAUAUAAGGAUAAAGAGCAAAAAAGAGAGAAAGAAUAACCUUUACGGAUUUAAGGCACCUAAACAGGACGAACAGAAGCGGUAAAAUCCCUUUACUUUCUUGACGAAAGAUAAGGGCAAUGUUAAAUUUAAACUGAUUACAAUCAAAAUAAAAUUGGAAGAGAUCAAAUAAUGGGAGCGUUUUUGGAAAAGCCCAUUACAAGUAAACUCAAUGAGAACGGCGAAGGCAAUGGACUUCGAUAUGGAGUUAGCUCUAUGCAAGGUUGGCGAUGCGAAAUGGAAGAUGCUCAUUUUGCAAGAACAAAUUUAGGCGACGAUCUGACUGAUUGGAGCUAUUUCGCUGUAUUUGAUGGACAUGCUGGCUUUAAAGUAUCGGAACAUUGUGCAAAACAUUUAUUGGAAGCGAUUAUACACACGGAAGAGUUUCGAAAUAGCGAUGUCGUUAAAGGCAUUCAUUCUGGAUUUUUAAAAUUGGAUAGUAAAAUGCGUGACCUACCUGAAUUAGCAAGCGGUGCUGACAAAUCGGGAACUACUGCCGUUUGUGCAUUCAUAUCAAAUGAAAAUAUUUAUAUUGCAAAUUGUGGUGACUCGCGUGCUGUUAUAUGCCGCAAUGGUGUUCCAGUUUUUUCAACACAAGAUCACAAACCUAUUUUGCCAUCCGAAAAAGAACGUAUUGUAAAUGCUGGCGGUUCUGUCAUGAUACAGCGAGUUAAUGGCAGUUUGGCGGUAUCGAGAGCUCUCGGAGAUUAUGAUUAUAAGAAUGUUUCAGAGCUAGGGCAGUGUCAACAACUGGUUUCGCCGGAACCUGAAAUAUUUUGUAAAGAACGUGACGUCCAAGAUUAUUUCCUUGUUUUGGCUUGUGACGGAGUUUGGGAUGUAAUGAGCAAUGAGGCUGUCUGCAGCUUUGUUCAUAGUCGUCUUCGUGUUUCAGAAGAUCUUGAAUGGAUUUGUAAUCAAGUCAUCGACACAUGCUUGCACAAAGGAUCACGCGACAAUAUGAGCAUCAUAUUAAUAGUAUUUCCAGGAGCGCCAAAACCAUCGCCAGAAACUAUUGAAAAGGAAGAGGAACUUGAACGGAACAUACGUAAAACUAUAAAAGAAUUCACAGAAAAAUCGGAGGCUGUUUAUGACGUGAGUUCGCUAAUGCACUAUUUAGCCGGUAGUAGUAUUGAGUGGCCCGAAGGUGGUGGAAUAGAAUCUAAAUAUAAACUCAUUACGGAAGUAUUUAAGGAAGUAUGCCCUGAUCUCGCUGACACUGAAUUUGAGUUUUAAUUUUCCUCGUUUUUCAUUUGGGUUUUUCUUUACAAACAAAAAAAAAACAAUGAAGCGGUCUUUCAGCCAAAAUAACUAUUGGAACAAUACAUUUUUUAACUAAGAAAAAUUUAAAUAAAGUAAUAAUACGAUGAGAUCCCGUGAUUUAUAAGAGAAAAAAAAAAGAAUAAUAAUAGUAAUAUUAAUGAUUUUUCAUUUCUUGUACAUAGAUU